CCCAACCCAGUGUUUGAAAACAGUUCUUUUACCAUGUGGGACAGAAGUAGCACCCUCUCGGCAUUUUGGAUAUUUGACGGAAACAAGAUGCCUUUCCUGCCCUCAAAGCUUCCCAUACCUGAAAACACCCACCUGAAACUCUCUUUCUCUCUCUCUCUCUCUCUCUCUCUAUCUACACACAUGUAUGUAUAUGCUUGUAAAUUAUUUUUAAUGAAUAACUGACAUUGUCCACGCUCCCCAUCCCAGCCCAAUGCUCAGGAACCUCCGCACACGGCGGAGACCCCGUUACGGCGCACAUGUGUGCGCCGUCGUCGCCGCUCUCCUCCUUCUCCUAUCAGUCUCUCUCCUCCACAGUCGCCUCGGCUCCGACCGACGCUCUCACUAUCGCCCCCACAUUCGCCAUUCCGAAGACGUCGCGGAUCCGGUGCUCGACGACGCAGAUUUCGACGAUCGCUCCACCAAUGCUUCCGAUGACCGGAUCGACGUGCUCGACGUCGUUCAGGACGACUCCGACCUCUCUAAAGAUUCUGACGAAGAAGUGAUUCUCAGAGGAGUAGAUUUUGAAGAUGAAGAAAAUGACCAGUCUAGGGUUUCUGGGUACUACUUCGAUCACGUUACUGGGGUCAUUCGCCGAGCUCUCGAUAAGCGCUCCAUCGAUCAGUGGGAGGAUUAUGCUACUUUCGGUACCAAUUUGCAUUCGGAGGAUCGAAGUAGGCUUGCAUUGGGUUCGGACGACAUGCCGGUGGAUGAAAACGUGAGGAGGAAGAUGGGAGAGGUGAACGGGAUCGAGGACGCGCUUCUGUUGAAGGUUGGUUCUAAGGUUUCUCCAUUGAGGGAGGGUUGGGGACCAUGGUUCGAUGCCAAGAGUGAUUUUUUGAGAAGGGAUAGGAUGUUCAAAUCCAAUUUGGAGCUUUUGAAUCCCUUGAACAAUCCUCUUCUUCAAGAUCCCGACGGAUUUGGAGUCACCGGGCUCACUAGGGGCGAUAAGCUCGUACAAAAGAGUUUGUUCACUGAGUUCAAAAAGGUGCCUUUUCUUGUUAAGAAACCAUUGGGAAUUGCAGAGCCAAAUGGAUUGAGACUGAAACCAGAACCCAAAGAUGUCGUAGAGGAUGUGAUCAAGAUAAGUGGUAGUAAUUUGCAUUUUAAGGCCGAGGAAAUUGAGAGCAUUGAGGAGGGAAGAAGUGAAGUGAAGAGGGCAGAGCGAAGAACUUUAGAUGACAAUGGUAGUAAACCUUUGUAUAGUGAAGGAAUUGUUGAUGCUAGUAAUGACUCUGCGAGUAAAACUACAAUUGCAAAUUCAUCCAUUAAAAGUAAUAGGAGUGAGGGUAUUCAACAGGAAAUUCGUGUCAACAUUAGCAAGGUUGUUGAUUCAUCUACUGGUCAAUUAGGUGGCUCGAAGAAGAACGUGCAAUCUAAUGCUCAGAUAAAAUCCGACUCGUCUGGUCAAGUAUACGCGGAUGGCAAGAGAUGGGGUCAUUUUCCUGGCCUGCAUCCUCGUCUUUCUUUUUCGAACUUCAUGGAUGCCUUCUUCAGGAAAGGCAAGUGUUCUAUGAGGGUUUUUAUGGUCUGGAAUUCACCACCAUGGAUGUUUACUGUUAGGCACCAACGAGGCCUUGAAAGUCUUCUUUUCCACCACAGAGAUGCAUGUGUGGUAGUAUUCUCUGAGACAGUUGAGCUUAAUUUCUUCAAUGGCUUUGUAAAGGAAGGCUUCAAGGUAGCUGUUGCCAUGCCAAAUCUUGAUGAACUGCUUAAGGAUACACCUGCCCACAUAUUUGCUUCCGUCUGGUUCGAAUGGAGGCAGACGAAAUUCUAUUCAACUCAUUACAGUGAACUUGUUCGGCUUGCUGCUCUCUACAAAUAUGGUGGAAUAUAUCUUGAUUCUGACAUCAUCGUUCUGAACCCAUUAUCUUCACUUAAUAAUACUGUUGGUAUGGAGGGUCAGCUUGCUGGAAGUUCUUUGAAUGGUGCUGUGAUGUCAUUUAGAAAGAGCAGUCCUUUCAUAAUGGAGUGCUUGACAGAAUAUUAUUCAACAUUCGAUGAUACCCGAUUGAGGUGGAAUGGGGCAGAUCUAUUGACAAGGGUAGCUAGAAAUUCUUUGUGGAAAGAAAAUAUUUCUGAUAAUUACAGGGAGCUGAAAUUGCAACCUUCUUUCAGUUUCUUCCCUAUUGGUCGUAACAACAUCACAAGAUACUUCACUGCACCAGCAACAGAGACUGAAAGAGCUCAACAAGAUGACUUAUUUGAGAAAAUACUGAACGAGUCAUUCACUUUUCAUUUUUGGAACAGCUUAACAUCUGCUCUCAUCCCAGAUCCCGAGAGCCUUGUAGCCAGGCUUAUUAACAAGCCUUGUAUACACUGUUAUGAUGUGUUGUAAUUUCUCUGUCUAAAGCAGAAUGUGGGAAUAUAAUAGAAGCAUUCAUUUUACCUCAUACUAUCUAAGCUGUCAAAUAGGAAACACGAAGAGGAGGCAUAAUGAGAUUGUUGUAAAGUUUGCUAAAAUGGCCAUGCUUUGCUGCAAAGACAGAUGGCCAAACAACAGAGAUAAAUCAAUUGCGUGGAAACAGGAAAAGACUUUGCAUUUCUGGUGGCCGAGAGUGUGCUACUUGUGAGACGCUCUUUCUGCCCAAGUUUGGUUACGAGGGACUCCGGUUGAUUUGUUUUUUAUUUUUUGGAAUUAAUAAAUGUAUAGGCCAUAGGAAAUUAGAAAUGUUAGACCUUAGUGUGUGUGUGUUUUUUUA